CGUUGGUUGUCAAAACAAACAGCAGAAAAUUGCAAAACGGAUCGAAUUUUCAUGUCCUAUAUGUUUGUGUAAUCCUUUUUGCUAGUGUCUGGUAAUAAAUGAGUGAAUUUCGCUGUUAAAACUAUUUAUUAAUCAUUAAAAUUUUCGAAAAAUGCCGGAGGAAACCAAGUCGGAAGGUGAAAUCGAAAAUGUAAGAGUUGUGGUUCGAGUUCGACCGAUGGACAAAAAUGAGAUUGAUUCCGGCUGUCAGAAUGUGAUUAAAGCGGACAAAUGUAACCGUUGCAUUACAGUUUACAAACCGAACGCUAAUUCCAGCGAGCCACCCAAGGUGUACUUCUUUGACAACAUAUUCGGCGAAGAAUCGACACAGAUUGAUUUGUACAUUGACACUGCCCGUCCGAUCGUCGACAAGGUGCUGGAAGGUUACAAUGGUACAAUCCUGGCGUACGGUCAAACCGGCACCGGCAAAACGUACACUAUGUCCGGUAAUCCGGACUCACCGCAAACAAAGGGCAUUAUUCCUAAUACAUUCGCGCACAUUUUCGGACACAUUGCCCGAGGUAAGGAGAACCAAAAGUUUCUAGUUCGGGUGAGUUAUAUGGAAAUCUACAACGAGGAAGUGCGCGAUCUUUUGGGCAAAGAAAUUCACAAAAGUCUCGAAGUAAAGGAGCGUGCCGAUAUCGGCGUGUUUGUGAAGGAUUUAAGCGGAUACGUGGUACACAAUGCCGAUGAUUUGGAUAAUAUCAUGAAGCUGGGAAACAAAAACCGUGUCGUUGGAGCUACUAAAAUGAAUUCCGAAUCCUCACGCUCCCAUGCUAUAUUUUCCAUCACGGUCGAGUCCAGCGAAACGGAUGAAAAUGGGAAGCAACUUGUGAGAAUGGGAAAGUUACAGCUGGUGGAUCUAGCUGGAUCGGAACGGCAGAGUAAAACUCAAUCCAGUGGGUUGCGUUUGAAGGAAGCAACCAAAAUCAACUUAUCACUAUCGGUGCUGGGCAAUGUGAUUAGCGCACUUGUUGAUGGGAAAAGUACUCACAUUCCGUACCGUAACUCGAAGCUCACUCGACUGUUGCAGGACUCGUUGGGUGGCAAUAGCAAAACCGUUAUGUGCGCUAGCAUUAGUCCUGCGGACUCGAAUUAUGUAGAAACCAUUUCAACUCUACGGUAUGCAUGUCGCGCUAAGAAUAUUCAGAACUUGGCCCACAUUAAUGACGAACCGAAGGAUGCGCUGUUGCGUCAUUUCCAGGAUGAAAUCAAAGAACUCAAGAGACAGCUUGAGGAGGGAGUGUUCAUGAAUGGACUUGGAACCGAUGAUGAAGAAGAUGAAGAAAAUGACGAUGAAGAUGAGGAAGAAGAUGGAAUCGAAACUGACGAAUUGAAGGAAAAGGAACGUAAAGAGAGGAAGGAAAAGAGGCGCAAUGAAAAAGCAAAAGAAAAGAAAGAAAAAGCUGAUGCGGAAAAGGAACUGUUGGAAAAGAAGGCAAUCGAGAAUGAACAGGAAAUCAGUCGGGCUAAAUUCGAGCAAGAUCAACUUCGCGCAAAAUUGUCAUCGUUGGAAAACAAAAUUCUUGUCGGUGGAGAAAACCUGCUGGAAAAAGCACAAACACAGGAAGUGCUUCUAGAAAAGUCCAUAACUGAGCUUGAACAACGGACGAAAACUGAACGCGAACUUGAAGAAAAUUUACAAAAGAUCGAAGCCGAACGCAUCGAUAUUGAGGAACGGUACAGUUCACUGCAGGAAGAAUGUGUUGGGAAAACCAAGAAAUUGCAACGAGUUAUGUCGAUGCUGAUGAGCAUAAAAUCUGAGUUGGCUGAUCAACAGCAGGAACAGCAGCGUGAAAAAGAAGGCAUCUACGAAAAUAUUCGCAGUUUGUCUCGAGAGUUAGCACUGUGUGAAUUAGUCAUCAACUCAUACAUUCCAAAGGAGUAUCAGAACAUGAUUGAAAAAUUCACCCACUGGAAUGAAGACAUUGGUGAAUGGCAGCUUAAAUGCGUCGCUUAUACCGGCAAUAACAUGCGCAAAAAUGUGGCUGAACCAAAAGUCAAUACCAAAGAGACGGAUUUGAUCGAUCUAUCGCAUGUAUAUUUAAGCUAUAACACAGACUCCGUAACGGAACCAGUACGGGCCAAGACAGCAAGGCCACGUACUUCAGGAAUAGCUCGUCCAACUACAGCCCGGAAGUAUUAUUAAGUAGAAGUAAACUAUGUAUUUCGAAAGCGCACAGCUUUAUGAUCAAAAUUAUUUAAGUAGUGAAGAGAGGCUUUUCCCAUAAAGCUCUCCCGUGUGUUGCACAAUUGUUGCUAGCUAGUAGUUUCGCCCAACGUGCAAUUCUCUACUAGUCAAUAGUGAAUGUUUCACCAGUGUUAUUUAGUUUUUUUUUUGAUUUGGUACGUUUCGCUAAUCACCAAUAUUCUGUUUGUUUUGUUAUAUUUGCGUUUUUUUUUACAAAGUACUAUAUAUCUCGUUUAUACAACAAAAUCUAACUGUUGCUGUGGGUGUGACAAUAUUCCAUCUAGGAUUAGUGAAGCUGUUCGCAUAGCAGAUCUAAGUAAAUAGAAAUUCCAAACAGCAUAGCACUGUUAUGCGAGGAGGAACAGUUCAUUGAAUGAGGAAAUUGACCAAUGUCUAUACCAAAGGACUAGGCACACCUAAAAUUUUCAAUUUCGUGAACGAAUUUACCUUUUAUUAGUAACAAUAAAGUUUUCAUUAAUCUAUGUGCUCUGGGAAAGUAUUUGAUUUAAUUUUGUUUCAACUAUAAGCCACGUGUCUAGUAACCUCGAAUAAAAAAUAUUUUUAAAGCAUUUAAUAUAAUUGAAAAAUAAAAGGUUCAGGAAUUCUAUAAUUGAAGUUACUGGUUUAUGAAAUAUUUUAUUAAAUUACUUAGGUACUAUAGAAAAAACUAAUUCCAUGCAACUAUCCCAGAAAUUUAGGAAAUAUUUUUUUCCGAUUGGUAGUAUUAAUAUAUUUUUCCGAUUGUUAGUAUUAAUCCUUCUUGAAACUUUCGGUAUAUUUUCUUCGUAUAAUAAUAAAAUUUAAACGGAUCUUCGUUUGGCACAAUUUCAUUCAUUUGGUUAAUCAAGUCGACAAAAUAAGAACAUUUACUAGUUUAUUAAUGUGUCCGCAACAAACAUGUAUUCACAAAAGUAUAUAAAACACUAGUCAUGAAAAAAAAAUUAAGCAGCUUCACCUCAUUCGCAGUAGAACAGAAUUUAGCCCUAUGAUAACAGUGAAAUAUUUUAUCCCACAGAAAUACUCACAUUGAUAUUUGCACUUUUCCUGCAAAAAUAAAAAAUUGUUCGAUUCA